AUGUUGGAUAAGGUAUUUUUCGAACGGUACCCGAUUCUGUACCAUUCAAUGAUAGGUCAUUUCCGCAAAUUGCCUGGUUUUCCUCGUUUUCGUGUUGAUGGCGAUUCUGCGGUCACUCUUACUGACCUACAGCUAUUCGCUCUCCUGUUCUUAUUGUGCCGCCUUCAUCCGCUGCUUGAAUUUCAUGCGACUUCGUAUGCUACGAAGCAUAGCUAUCUAGAUGCAUUCGUCCCGUUUGUCUUGGAAGUGUUGUUGACCAACCGUGCUGAACAGUUGCGCUCAUUGUGCGCUUCAGCGUUAUGCAGUAUUCUACCGCUCUGGAAAAUUCCUGAUAUGGUGGAACAUCUGUCCGAUUUGCUAAUGACUUCGACCAUACGACAGAAUGCGGCGAAUGGUAUUCUUCAUUUCGUAAGUAUCUGUUAG